AUGGAAAUAAAACCCAAGGUCCCAAGAACAAAUGAAUCUGAUUCACCUCAAACUGUUUUCUCAAUUGACGAUCUCCUGAUUGCGAUUUUCCUUCGCCUCCCCAUAAAGACACUCAACCAAUUAAAACUAGUUUCAAAGCAGUGGCAUCGUGUCAUCUUCAAUCCAAGAUUCAGUAUCCAGCGCAAUCCCAUUCCCAAUCCGGCCGCGGGGAUCUUCCUGCAGUGUCUGCACUACGUGGCCCGUAUUCGGAUAGAAUACGUCCCCUUCACGGGCCUGGAAUCGGCCAAGCCAACGUUAAGGAAACCGAAAUUCGUCAAAUGCCCACCAGGCGUCAAGAUCCUGCACUCAUGCAAUGGCCUCUUACUCUGUUCAAGCUACCGGACCUCUCAUCACAAUCGGAAGUACUAUGUUCACAAUCCCACCACCAAUAAGUUUGUACUACUUCCCAAACUAGACUCCGCAGGUAUAUGUGGGAUGAGCUUGGCUUUUGAUCCAAUCAACUCUCCUCAUUACAAAGUUAUUUGCGUCCGAUCACAAUCGAGUAUCACGGGCUGGCAAUUGGAGGUUUAUUCAUCUGAAACGGGCUCUUGGAGAAAUCACGGGCCGACCCCACAAGUACAGGUAAUUUUUGAAAAUGGGGUGUAUUGGAAUGGAGCCAUUCACUGGACUAGUAAUGGAACUGGAAAUGACUCUCUGUAUUUCAAUGUUGAUAAUCAGUUGUUUGGGAUAAUGCCAAUUCCCCCUACCGGUUGGGAAUGGGGUGUGAACUAUUAUUAUUUCGGAGAGUCUUGUGGACACUUGCACUAUAUGAAUGUGAUGGGGAGCUUGCAAUUCAAGGUUUACGAGAUGAGGAGAGACUAUUCUGAGUGGUUUGUUAAGUACGAGGUCGAUCUUUCGCCUCUGGUAAUGGCUUAUCCAAGUAUUGAGCAGCGUGGUCUUUGCCCAAUAAUGUCGCCUGUAGGAUUUUCUGUACUUUGUUUAGUUCGAGGGGAGAAGGAGGAAGGUUCAUUCUUGGUUGUGCAGAUUGCUGGAAAAGCCAUCCGGUACAAUCUCGUUUGUCAGACUUUCGAGAUGCUGCGCGAGAUCACGGGUGUUGAUUCAUCAGGUCAUUUGAGGCGCCUCGCUGGUGGAAAAUGCGUGAUCGGGACCGUCGAGAAUCACUUGUUGCUGCUCGCGGCUCGUGGAGUGAUCGCCAGUUUGAUUCUCGGUUGCUGCGGGUCGCUCGAACGAGGCGAGGGUCGAACGUGGAAUGGACGUCUGACUGCUGCACGUGGGGAGAUGCUGAAAGCGGACUCGUGGGGGAGAAACGAUGGUCGCCGGGCAGCGAGCGCCAUUAUUCUCAUAUCAUCACCACCACCGUCAUCGAUCAUCCUCUCCCUCUCGUUCGAUAAUUGUUGCAGAGACAACCCCUCUCCCCAUCACCAUCGUCCCAGCCAUCAACGUAUCAGCACGCCAUCUUCAUCGUUUUCGAUCACCACCUGCAAGUCCUGUCGCGCCGUGAUUUCCCCACCACGCCGUGACCAGAGCUCCACCACGCCGCGACAGAGCAACGCCUCCACGUCCGGCGAAUCGCGCGCAGCACUCCACCCGCGAGCAACAGAGCAUCGGCGAGUUCCACCUCCUGCUGCUGUAGUCGCCUCCCUCGCCGCUGUUCACAUACCACAGAUAGGAACGUGGCCUAGUUACUGCCCGCUCGACCCUCAUCCUCACAGCAGGAGCCCGUCACCUUCACGUCAUCACCGCCGAGCCCGUUGUUGUUUCGUCUUCUCCAUCGUGAACCAGUCUGGCGAGUCCCGUUUGCUGCUCCGCUGA